GGUUAAGAGUUCUGAGCUUUUGAGGAUGUGAAGGUUGAUUGUGUUUACAGUAGGCAGUGUGAUCACUAGUGGUUUCAGUAAGAUGUGAUGUCUAGAGGACAGAUAUAAAAAAGUUACAGACCAGGAGUUCUACCAACAGGACCAGGAGCUACUCACAGAGGAAGGAGCCUCUAUUUAAAUCUUAAGAAUCCGGACUGCUGCUGAAGGAGCAGUCAGAAUGACGACGCUCUCUACAGCCCUGCUGCUGCUGCUGCUGGUGUCUGGGAUUCCAGCUGCAAUGUCACACAAGGCUGAAGCAAAACCCAGUGACCCCUGUGGUCCCCCCUGGAAAGACUCUGAUAAAACUCCCAUUAGUGUCCUGGUCACAGACUCUAUAACACACACCCCUAACAAGACAUACAGCACUUACGUGGUUUACAGAGGAAUCUUACUGGGUGGACUGAGGAGACUGCAGGACUCCACCAAAGACUUUACGUUCACCUACACGGAGGAUACAAACUAUGGUCCAUUCCUGCAGAGUGUGAACGGUUUGCCUGGAGGUAAACAGAACCGUACCUACUGGGAGCUGCUGGUCAACACAACAAAAAACCCAAUCAUCAGACCUGAUGUUGGUAUCGGAUGUUACAUUCCCAAUGCAAACGACCAAAUCAUCCUGAAAUACACCAAGUACUGAAGAAUCAGCAGCCACAGGACAUCAAAAUGGGACCAGAAUCAGAUUCAAGUGUAUCAUUAUAUGUUUCCUAGCUAUUAUUCAGCCAAGAUGCAUUGGUCCUUUUUUGUUUAUUGAGAAUUAAUAGUUCAACACAUGGCCCUUUUUACAGAGUUUACAGAGCACAGCAGACACAUGGAACUGAACAGCUGUGUCUUGAAUGUGUGAUCAUUAUUUUAUGGGAUUUCACCUUCACCUGGAAUUUCUUGGCUUGAGAACUUCAUCAUUACAAACUACAUGGUUUCCUGCUCAUUACUCAGUCUGUGGAAUGACUGUUUAAUAUACUUUAUUAUGCUUUCUGUAAAGAUAAAAUAAGAACAGCA